AUGUCUUCAACGGAGCAGCCUCUCAGAGCUCAAGACAAUGAGGCUUUCUAUACACCGAUAUAUGUACUGACUGCUGUCUUUGGUGCAGUCUUCAUCUUUGGACCUCUUUUGGUUAGGAAAGGACCAAAUAGAGGAAUAACAAGAUGUUGUAUAAUGCUUGCUUCUUUCUGCAUGUGGAUAUUUUGGACAACUAUGUACAUAGCGCAACUGAACCCGUUACUGGGUCCUCGCUUGUCAAACAUAUCGCUGGCCUGGGUUGGACAUAAAUGGGGCAAACAUCCGAAACAUGUUGCAGAAUUGAGAGAAGACGGGACUUAG